AUGAAACAUUGGCUGACAGUAGUUUGUGUACUGGGCUUCCUGUGCGGAGGAGUCUUCACAAUGUACUCGGCUAUAUCCAUCGGAUCACAAGGUCUCGGAACAAUGGCCACAAGCCUGAAGAGCAUCGAAAGCGUCAUGAAAACCUACUUCAAAAAUCUGAACGCUGCCCGCAACAAGAUCUUGAACUCGGUCGACAAGUUCGGACUGUUCGUGAACACCACGUACGCAUCGUUGAACGAUUCCUACGGUGCCACGCAACCAAACAUAGAGAGCUUUUUGUCGAGCGUAGAGUGGUUUUCUACGCAAUUCACACAUAUUGAAAAUUCAAUCAACAGCAACAUCGGCUAUGAUUUGUACAAAUUGAACAAUGAAAUGCAACAAACCAUGACUACGAUCAUGCAGCGUUGCUCGAAUAUUGAUUCCCUGGUCUCUUCUUUUGCCUAUCAACAGAAUGGGGAAAACUGUACGGAACAGAUCUCCACUAAGGCCAGCAACGUGCCCAGUCAAGUUUCCAAGUUUGGAGCUUGUUUGCAAACGGCAGUAGAGAUCGUACCAACAGUAGUGAGUCCUGUGCAGGAUAUCUUGGAUUUGGCGAAGAGUGACUUAAUUUCGCUGAACAAGCAACUCAAGAUCUGUGCUGCCACAUCAACCAGCUGCAUCAAUGAGUAUUUCUCGGAUAUCCACGCGGAAUUGCUCAACGUCAACAUGGAACUGUUCAUGGCAAACAAUCUGUUGAACUCCUUUAUAUACGAUACAAUAUGGCGCAACGAGUUGUGUGGAGAGUUAAUCAAGCACAAUGUCCAGGAUGUCUUACAAAACUUGGUGACUGAGUUCAGCCAGUGCUCAUAUCCACUAAAUUGAAAUCAUGC